UGGCGUAGAGACGAGCCACACAGCAGUGUGGUCUUUCGAUUAACUUCGCGGUAAUUACGGAAUUUCUUGGUUUGUACUUAUUUGUUUGUCGUAAGACGAAUUACACUUUAAUACUUCUUAGUGUCAGGUUAAACUCGCCUCGUCUCAGUGAGAUUUAAAGCUUCUCAGGCUAGCCGACAUUGCUAGUUAGCUUAGCAUGCUAGUUAGCUUACCAUGCUAGUUAGCUUAGCUUGCGAGCUGCUAACAAGGAGACGCGGAAGUUACCAGCACAUCGCUAAGCAGAGAAAAUGUGCAAAGUGCAAAUGUUGAGAGUGUUGGGGAAUCGGCGACUGUUGAAGAAAGAACGGUAGCAGAGUACAAGAGGGAACUUUCUCGAACAAGAGGAGAGAAAGCGACAACGUCGACUACUGGACGCUGUUUUCAAGAACUUUUGGCCCACGGAGAAAUGAGCAACCAAAGAGUGGACGGCCAAAUGACGCAACAAUGAGGAGGCACUUGCUGCAAUUAACUCUUUUUUGGAACGCACCUUGGAUUGGAAAUGGAAAAUUACGCUGCUGUGAAAACUGCCACAAAUGAACAUUAAAACACUCUCAGAAGAUCAUCUUCUCCCUGAGCAGCAGGAGUGGUCUUCCAGUAUGGAACAGGAGGAGCCACAGCCCCUUCAAAUUAAAGAGGAGGAGGAGCCACAAGCCCUUUACUUUAAAAUGGAAGAAGAGAAGCCAAUGCGCCCUCAAUUUAAAGAGGAAAUGGAGGAGCAACAUCCACCCUUCAUUAAAGAAGAGGAGUUACAGCCACAGCCCCUUCAAAUUAAAGAGGAGGAGGAGCCACGAGCCCUUUACUUUAAAAUGGAAGAAGAGAAGCCAAUGCGCCCUCAAUUUAAAGAGGAAAUGGAGGAGCAACAUCCACCCUUCAUUAAAGAAGAGGAGUUACAGCCUCCUUGCAUAGAGAAAGAUGAGGUGCCACACUCCCCUGCAGGGAAGAGGAAGAGGAGUCACAGGCACCGCACAUUAAAGAGGAAGAGGAGGAGCCGCAAAGGUGGAGGUGAUGAGAAGGGAGAGGUGGAGCCUCCAACUCCACUUAUGACAACAGACGCUGAUGGAGACCACAAGCUCUUAGCUCCACUAUCAGAUAGUGAUGACAUGACGUCACACUCUCCUGACACUGAUGAUGAAGAAGAUGAUGAAGACCCUCAAGUUGACAAGACCUGUCACACUGACAACACGCGCUUGAAAUGCUCUUACUGUGACAAAACUUUUAACCAGCGUGGUCGCCUGAACGUACACACCAGAAUACACACUGGAGAAAAACCAUUCAUGUGCUCAGUUUGUAGUAAAAGAUUUUCCCAGAAAUCUCAUUUGACAAGACACGUAAGUGUGCACAGUGUGGAAAAACCAUUUAUAUGUUCAGUCUGUGGCAAAAGUUUUGUGCGAAAUCAAGAUGUGAAGUCACACAUGAGGGUGCACGCCGCAGACAAACCGUUUAUAUGUUCGGUCUGUGGCAAAGGUUUUGUGCAAAAUCACAAUUUGAAGCUACACCUGAGAACACACACUGGAGAAAAACCGUUCGUGUGCUCAGUUUGUAGUAAAAGAUUCACACAGAAAGGGAGUUUGACAAUACACACAAGAACGCACACCGGGGAAAAACCUUUCAUGUGCUCAGUUUGUAGCGAAGGAUUCUCCCGCAAAGCAAAGUGGAUACAGCACACAAAAAUGCACUCUGGGAAAUACAAACAUUUUAUUUGCUCAGUCUGUGGUAAAGGUUUCGUGCGGAAUUGGGAAUUGAAAUUACACACGAGAACACACACUGGACACAGACCCUUUAUAUGUUCAGUCUGCGGUAAAGGUUUUACACAAAAUUGCGAUUUGAAAAUACACGCGAGAACGCACACUGGAGAAAAACCAUUCAUGUGCUCAGUUUGUAGUAAAAGAUUCUCCCAGGAAGCGAGUUUGCGAAAACACGUUACAAUGCACACAGGUGAGAAACCUUUUAUGUGUUCCGUGUGCGGUAAAGGUUUCACACAAACUUGGGACUUGAAAAGGCACACGAGAACACACACCGGAGAGAAAGUGUUGAGUUGCAGUGUGUGUGAUGAAAGAUUCACUUAUGAGUACCAGUGUAAGAAACACAAGUGUGCUGGUGAGAACAGCAGCAGCAAAUGAAGCAGCAGGAUUUAAAAAGCUGUCUAAACUUGUACUUUGACUUGCUAACAUCACCACAUACAUCAUGUGUGAUUUCAUUGUUGUGUGUGUGUAACAAACUCUUGUUGAUAAGCUUCUAACAUUUAGAGAUCAAAUGUAUUUUGGAUUAGUGGAUUUAUUUCGGUCAGGUAUGUGCAUUCGUAAAAUCAAAUAAAAUAGCACUUUUUGUUAACAGUAGAAAAGAAAGGCAAACAACAGAGAUGGAGAAGAAAGAAAAAGAGUAGAAAAAAGUAGACCACAAUUUUGGCUGCAAUACUAGAUGAUGAAAUUAAUGAAAUCUCAUCAAAUAUACAACAUAAGGUGGCAAAGGUUUUUCAAUAAUGAAAUAACAUGUUCUACAUGAGAAAUCUCUUCAUAGUCUCUACUGCCCACUAGUGUUGCCAUAUCUGUGCUAAGGUGUAGAAAUAUGGGGAAAUAACUACAAAAUGACGCUUCAUUUACUAACCACGUUACAAAGCCGGUUGGUUAGAAUAAUAUUGGAUAUAGAAAACCUUCAAAGCCUUUGUUUAAUUAAUUAAAUAAAAUUGACAUUCAAGGCUAAAAUUAUGCGCAAAGCCAACUGUAACCUGCUACCCAAGAAUAGACAAUCAUUAUUUCCAACAAAGGUGGAGAAAUUAACACAAACAUUUUAUAACUUAAACAUUUGUAUGCACGUACAACACUCAAAACCUUCAGUGUACAGAAUUCAAUUUUGGAAUAGAUUAUUAAACAAUGUCCAAAUAUGAUUUAGUUUCAACAAGUGUUUAAACUCCCAAGCAUUUACAAGGUGAAAGGAAGAAGAAUUCUGAUGAACAUCUUGAACGUUAUUAAAAAUUAGAUGAUAUUCAUCUUAUGAAAAUCUUAACUGACUUAACUAUUUAUCUAAGAACUAAUAAAUUGAUGUUUUUUUCCGUCCUACGUGUGUGUGACGUAAACAAGUCGACAGAUAGUUAACAUGAAGAUCCCAAGGAAAAGGAAUAAAGAGUCUUUUAUCUUUAAGAAGCUUCAGUGGUUUUUCACAAAGAAUACACUUUUCUUUCCCUCUUGUCUAAUUGGUCAUUUCUUUCUUUUCUCUUUUCCUGGUUUUUGUUUUGUUUACUUUUCUUGUACAACUGUAUAAGGAGACACAAAAUAUAUGUCAAAUA